AUGGCCCUAUUCCUUGGAGAUGUCGCCUUCGAAGUUAUAAUCUCUUUCGAAGAGCUGAUCAGAAUAUGGCGACCGUACAACGGAGGACCUUCUGUCGUAUCUCAACUUCCGAGUCUCAAAAGCGAUCUAGUCCGGUUGAAGACGUGGCAUGCCGACUUCACCACUCGCGAUGUCGCUGAGUUGGACGGAGGACGUCUAGACCACCAUCUGCGCACCGCACCGCAUAUUCAACGCCAACUCCUCAAGUUACUGAACGGCUUUCAAGAUUCAAUACGUGAUGCAGAAAAGAUCCCUACUAGACAGAUGGUCCCUUGGGAUAAGCUGAGCUACCAAGAAAACACCUUGGAAGAUUUUAUGACGGAACCACAAACGGAACUCCAACAGAUAGCGACAGGAAUCCGUGGACUGAUCGACUGCUUGCUAAGACUCCGUUUUGCGACCGGAGACCCCGCUCCUCACAAUCGUAUCAUGUCUGCAAAACUUGGAAGAGACCCAGAAGAUUACAGCUUUUAUGUCAAUUUCUUCAAAGAGACAUGA